UACAGCCCUCUGAAUUUUUUCUAGAUUUUUUCACCCCAGCUUACUGUAUGCCACUCACCCCCUCCUGAAGCACCCAUUCCCUUCCCCUUUGGAACUCAUGGACUCAAGAAAUGCCUCUGGGACCAACACCCUCGGUGUCUUCCGAGAGCAGGUCCAGCGCCUCACCAAUGAAAAUGUUCAGCUGCAAGACCGCAAUGAAAGGCUGUACGCCAGGCUCGGAGAGCUGCAGGAGAAGACUGGGCAGCUGGCCGGCUCAAAGACGGCACUGUCGUCGAGGCUAGUCCGCACUGAAGAAGAGAAACUUAAGAUUUCCAAGGACCUCAUCGAUGUCCAGAUCGAGAGCAACAAAAUGAGAGAGCAAUACGAGGAAGAACAUUUUGAAUUGAAGAGUACGAUCCUGGCUUUGGAGAAUCGUGUUCUGGAAGUUGAACUCCAUGGUGAGAAGACCACGGGGGAGCGUGACGCCUUGCGAGACCGGCUGCAUGCCUUAGAGGUGAACCGCAAGGAGUUGGCAGACGAGUACCUGGUUCUGAAGAGCAAUUAUCUGGCGUUGGUCAAGGAGCAUGAACAGGAAGUCACCAAGAAUGAAGAGCUGAGCCUAGAGUUACUCAACCUGGCGAGUGCUAAGAGUUCUCAUCCCUAUGGACAGAAUAACAGCCCCGAGGCCCGAGGCCAAACUACUGAGCCUUCUGCCGAACUGGAACGGGUGCGUGCUUUGGUUCACCGCCUCUCUGCUCGCAAAGUGAAGCCAGAAGACGUGGUUGCUUCAGAACACGAACGUCGGAAGUUAGAGAAAACGCUCUUUGGAAAUCAGGAUCGCAUCACAACAGAGAUGGAAACGAUGAAGGAAAUGUACAAUUCCCAGCAACGGAAACUGGAGGAAAGAAUGGUGGCCAUGGGCAAAGAGUUGCAGGAGGCCAAGAAAGCGAUUCGGAACACACAGCACAAGCUAGCAGAGCAGUCAGCGGUUGUCCUUACCUCCCAAAGCCAGCUCCAAGAGGUUGAAGCAGAGAAUUCUCGGCUUCAGCUGCAGCUGAAGGAGUUGAAUGAAGAGUACCGCUCGCGGCUUGUGCAGUAUAUUGCAGAUCUGGCGGCCUAUGUUGACAGCAAAUCAGUGGAGAAGGCAGGGACCAGUAAGGCACCGUCUGAGCCUGCUCACAUGAAGCGUUUCGUGGACAGCAUGCUGAAGGACAUCCGGGCUUCCCAUAAGUCUCGGGAGGAGCAGUUGGCUGGGGCUGCACGUGGCUACAAGAAACGCCUGCAGAACCUGGUCAAGAUACAUGAGAACCUAUUGAUUGCAUACAGGAUGCAGCGUGAACAGGUCCGGAUGCUGGGCAGUAACGAAACGGACCUUGGCCCUCCAGAACACCACCUUGCCAUCACGGAUGCUGAGUUGCUGAACAGCACCUCUCAAGAGCUGAACCGGCUGCGGGAAGACAAAGCCAGGCUGGAGGCUGAGCUACACGAAUUGCAGAUGAAGGUCAAGUUCAGUGAAAAUAGCGGAAGGACUUCACCUCGUCACAUGCUGAAUGAGGAGGGCUGGGCAGAUCUCAGGAAACAGCUUCGAGAGUUCACACACACUGUACAGGAAGAUCUGGAGAAGGAGAGGUGCCAGCUGCUAGCACGGGCAACGGUAGCAGAAGAGCAGGUUGCCGAACUGCACGAGUACGUGGAUAAGCACCUUGUGAGAUACAAGCAAGAGAUUGUGAGGCUGAGGAAACUCCUGGGAACAGACGGGCCCCGAGUGCUCAGUGCUGGAGCUAGUGACGCUCCACCGAUUUUGAGACCCAAAAGGAAUCUGAGCAACGACAUGUAGUUUCUGCAUCACAAAGCGAUGGGAAGGUGCCGCCAAGAACAUCCAUCGAGAGGACAAGCAGCUUAGUCUGCCGCAAAGUGAUGCUGGAGCUCUUACGUUUUGGACUCCAGGGCACGAGUGGUUCGAGAAAACCAUUUUUCAGUAUUUUUAAAUCCUGCCCUUUAAGGAGCUCUUAACGCUGUCUCCCCUCCCCAUUUAAGCUUCACAAUAGCCCUGGAGGUGGAGGGAGGUUAGAGUAAGAAGCCAUGAUUGGACCGAGAUCACCCAGUGAACUUCGAGGGUGAGUAGGGAUCUGAACCCGGGACUUCCUAGUAUAAGGAUAACAUUCUGUACAUUAGUAAAAAGCCCAGUAGCACCUUUAAGACCAACUUUAUUGUAGCAUAAGAUUUCGAGAACCGCAGCUCUCUUUGUCAGAUGCAUCAUCAGCUUUUGAGA